GCCCCGCCCACUCAUCCCCGCCAUUAACACCGGAAGUCCCGCCCGCCGCCUUUACCUCACAGCGCCGUUCCUCUGCCCUUCACUUCCGGUGUCGGUGUCAUGGCGGUGCAGGGUGUCUCCAAGGCUCAGUACCUGCAGCGUUACCUCAGCGGCCCUCCCGCCGAGCAGCCCCGCCGCCGCCGCAAGAAGAAGCCCCCGAGCUGCUCCGGCAGAGCCGGGAUGCGGAUCGUGGAUGACGAUGUGGGAUGGAGCAGCAUCGCCGCUGUGCCCGAGAAGGAGCAGGAGGAGGAUGAAGGCGACAUGCCCGUGGUGGCAGAGUUUAUUGAUGAGCGUCCAGAUGAAGUGAAGCUCAUGGAGGAGUUCCGAACAAACGCUAAAUGGAAGCUUUUAGGAGACCAGAAUGAAGAAUCACAAAGCUCAGAUAUUUCAGUCCCUGCCAAACCUACCACAAGGCAACGUCAUGACUCCCCAGACAACUCACCACCAAGGCGAGUACGGCACGACUCACCAGAUUUGUCCCCACUCAGACAAGAAAGAAAUGAUUCUCCCAGCCUCUUACCUUCCAAGCAAAGACAGCGUGACUCCCCCGACCUGUCACCUCCCAGGAGGAAACGCCACGACUCCCCAGACUUAUCACCCCCGAGGAGGAAACGUCAUGACUCUCCAGACUUAUCACCUCCCAGAAGGAAACGCCAUGACUCUCCAGACCUGUCACCCCCCAGAAAGAAACGCCAUGACUCUCCGGACUUAUCACCCCCUAGAAGGAAACGUCAUGACUCUCCAGACUUAUCACCCCCUAGAAGGAAACGCCAUGACUCUCCAGACCUGUCACCUCCCAGGAGGAAACGCCACGACUCUCCAGACUUGUCACCCCCCAGGAGGAAACGUCACGACUCUCCAGACUUAUCACCCCCUAGAAGGAAACGCCAUGACUCUCCAGACCUGUCACCUCCCAGGAGGAAACGCCAUGACUCCCCUGACCUGUCACCCCCCAGAAAGAAACGCCAUGACUCUCCAGACUUAUCACCCCCCAGAAGGAAACGCCAUGACUCUCCAGACCUGUCACCUCCCAGGAGGAAACGUCACGACUCCCCUGACCUGUCACCCCCUAGAAGGAAACGCCAUGACUCUCCGGACUUAUCACCCCCCAGAAGGAAACGUCACGACUCCCCCGACCUGUCACCCCCCAGAAGGAAACGUCACGACUCUCCGGAUCUCUCUCCUGUAAGAAGCAGUUCAGCAAUGGGAAAAAAAGAUGUUUCCUCGGUAAAAAAGAUGCGUCAUGACUCUGAUUCUCCACCUCCACGAAGAGGUGCCCAAAGUGCCUCUGAGGCAGACCUUUCUCCCCAGCGGAAGAAUCACAGGGCUCUGCCUUCUGGAAAGGGUCAGCGUGGUUCAAGGAGUCCCUCCAAUCUCUCAGAUCAUCGCUACCCAGAUGAGAAGGGAUCUCCCAAGAAGGCCAAGAUGAUGUCUGGGGUCAAAGCUGGUUUGGUGUCAGCUGACGUGCUGCGGAAAGAGCAGCAGGAGCUCAGGAAGCAGGAGAGAAGUAGCAAGCACUUGGAAGAGGAAUCCCGACACACGGAAACCAUCUUCCGCGACAAGUCAGGCCGCAAGAGGGACCUUGUGCAGGAACGUCUUGAGCAGAAGCAGAAAGAUGAAGCAAAGUUGUUGCAUGAUGAGCAAUAUGCCAGAUGGGGAAAGGGAUUAGCACAGGAAAGGCAGCAGCAGCAGAAUGUGGAAGAUGCAAUAAAAGAAAUGCAGAAACCAUUGGCCCGUUACAUUGACGAUGAAGAUCUGGAUCGAAUGCUGAGAGAACAAGAGAGAGAAGGAGACCCCAUGGCUGAGUUCAUCAAAAAAAGAAAAGCCAAAGAGAACAAGGAGAAGAAAGAGAAACCUAGGUACAGUGGACCAGCACCUCCUCUCAACAGAUUUAAUAUAUGGCCUGGGUAUCGCUGGGAUGGGGUGGACAGGUCCAACGGAUUUGAGCAGCAGUUCUUUGCCAGGAUGGCCAAUAAGAAGGCAGUUCAGGAGCUGGCAUACAAGUGGAGCAUUGAAGACAUGUAGAUAGAAGAAAUAACCAUGUGAAACAGCACGACUGAAUUGAGAUCUGCCUGCUACCACUGCCAGAGCCAAAAGUAACGGCUCCUCUGCCUGGACCAAGCACUGUUCUUGGCAUUCAGUAUCCCAGUGGAUUGUCUUCUUGGAAGCAAGGCUGUGUUUAGAGGAGAGCUGCUGGAAAAGGAUUUUCCUGCCAGCCAGAAAGGACCAGUGCCAAAAACUGGAGUGGCUGCUGCCCACAGAGGAACACUUCUGCUCCCUGGUGUUCCUUCAUGAGGUGCUGCAGACACUGGUGUCUGACCCACUUAUUUCUUUACUAAUAAACUGUAGAAACUGUGUUGAAAUGUUCUAUGCCAAAUGCUUUGUCCUCUGAAGGCAGUUGACAGGUCUUCAGAUGUCCUAAAUCUCAGGUUUAUUUCAUGGUGGAAGCAUGCUGGGAUUUAAGUCAUGGAGGGUUAAUCCUAUCUGGUGUGUUGGCCUAUUGCAGCACACGGUUGUGGUUUCAGCUAUGGCUGAGUUCUUCCAGAGGGUGUUUUUUGCUCUGAAACAACUUAAUACUGUGAGCUGAUUUACCUGUGGGCUCAUGUUAUGUCUGCCCCAUGUUCUCCAUGUCCUUGCUAAUGAGCCCAGAGAGCUUCUGCUUGUUCAAUGUUGUGUAACUCUUAACCCUUCUGGUUCCUGGAGUCUUUGGCUUGCAGUGAAGUUAGCACAGCAGAGCUUCCUGUAGCCCUUAUGGGAGCUGUGCCAGGUGGGUCAGUAUGUGGCAAGAAGCUGCUUGCUGUACAUAUAACUCUAGUUCUCUACUAGAAAUGGCUGAAUGAACAACACGCCAUGUUAUAUUUGACAGCAAAGUCUUCAGAAGCUCCAGCAGCUCCUUGGGGGUCAAUUUCUUGUGGCAAUAAACACGCAGAGGCCAUUUAAA